AACGCAUAAACACAGGCAUUGUUAUUGUGGGUGGGUUGAGUUCGGGGAUAGGAGUAUUACGUGGGCGUCGGAUGCUUUUGUAAUCGUAUUUAUCUUCUCUUCAAGGUGCGGCGCCAAAUUUGUGCAUUGCUAAUUUGAAGAAGCAAUUUGUUUUGGCAGAGUAUAUUGCCGACCUUGUGAGGAGGGUGAGCUAGUUAGUGUUAGUGGAAGAAGGAAGGGGAGGAGUAGAUGUAGAACAACUUGGAAUGAAUAGAUUGUGCUGAUUGGUGAAAAAAGAUUCAUGUGGCCGACUACACCCAGUGGAACUGAAGGCUUGUUAUUUGAUGUCUCAACAACAGUUGAUCCUAGUUAUCUAAUCUCUCUAAUACGAAAACUUCUACCAUCAAAUAUAAGGAGCUCUAAUAACUCUAGUGAAGUUGAUGCGUGUGAUGCUUUGACUCUAGGAUCAACAAUUGACCACAUGGAAGAAAGUAUACCUUCCCCAGCCCGAGACAAAGCUCCCUAUUCUCCAAACAACAAAACUGAACCCAUGGGCACUCUUAAUGAUUUUGAUGAAUUUACUUGUCAAGAUGGAAGUGAUGAAGGUUUAUGCCAUAAAUUUCAGCACUCCAAUGGAUCAGCAGGAGAGCAGGCUUGGGAAGAAUUUGGUUGCAUUUUGUGGGACCUUGCUGUGAGCAGAACACAUGCAGAAUUCAUGGUGCAAAACCUUUUGCUAGACGUGCUUUUGGCAAAUCUGAUGGUUUCCCAAUCCAUGCGCAUCACGGAGAUUAGCCUUGGAAUAAUUGGAAAUCUUGCCUGCCAUGAAGUUCCCAUGAAACAUAUAGUCUCUACAAAUGGAUUGAUUGAGAUAAUCGUGGAUCAGUUAUUUGUAGAUGACACCCCUUGCCUGUGUGAAGCGUGCCGGCUGUUAACUUUGGGCCUUCAAGGUAGUGAAGGUGUUGCUUGGGCUGAGGCAUUGCAGUUUGAACAUAUUCUAAGCCGUCUUUUAUGGAUUGCAGAAAAUACAUUAAAUCUACAGCUUAUAGAAAAGAGCAUUGGACUGGUGCUAGCCAUCAUAGAAAGUCAACAGGAAGUUAAGUCCACUCUUCUUGCAACCAUGAUGAAGUUGGGUUUUCUGGAUCUCUUGAUAAAUCUCUUGUCAUUUGAGAUGAGCAAAUUGAUGAACGAAAGAAUACCUGAACGGUAUGCUGUUCUUGAGUUGAUUCUUCGCGCAAUUGAAGCUCUUUCUGUGAUUGAUGAAUAUUCAAAAGAAAUCUGUUCAAAAAAAGAACUCUUUAUAAUGGUUUAUGAAUUGGUCAGAUUCCCUGAUAAGGUUGAGGUUGCCAACUCUUGUGUUACUGCUGCAGUUUUAAUUGCAAAUAUUCUUAUCGACGCGGCUGAUCUGGUAUCUGAUAUAUCACAGGAUGUGGCUUUCCUGCAGGGUCUUCUUGAUGUACUGCCUUUUUCUUCAGAUGAUUUAGAAGCACGCAGUGCAAUUUGGAGCAUUAUGGCGAGGGUACUAGUCCAAGUUGAUGAAUGCAAGAUGAGCCCAUCAAGUUUGCAUCAGUAUGUGUUGGUUCUAGUAAGCAAAUCAGAAUUGAUUGAAGAUGACCUUCUCAACCAACAAUUAGGUUACUCCAAUGAAGAACAUGAAAGCUUGACCACUUCUGGCGCAAAACUAAAUGCUAGAAAUACAUCUCAGCUUAAAAGAAUUAUCAGUAUUUUAAAUCAGUGGAUUGCCUCAAAGGAUUAUGUUGUCGGGGACAAGUCAGACAGGGAAGAUCAUAAAUUUGAAGAAAGUGUUGUCAGAUUGUUGGAUUGCUUCCGGGACCAUGUCAAUCAAAUUUUGUGAGAAUGCUUCUCCGCCGGAGUUCCUUGAAGUAUCUGCGCCACUGUUAUUGAAGUGUGAUAUAUCUAGAAGAGAUGGUAUAUAUUCCCCAGACCAAGAAUGUCUAGAAGAGAUCGUCUCAACCCUUUGCCUCUAAAGCAGCAGCAGCCGCCACAAGCAUGUGUGAGCAGUUUAUAAGAGCAACCAAAGCUUGAGCAUCAAGUUCCAUGUAUGGGCCAUGGUUGUUUACUGAGCUCUGUAUAGUCCAUGUUUUGGAUACCCAGCAAGUGGGAUUGAUGUUGAUUAUCUGGGUUAUGUGAGUUUCAAUUCUGGAGGAAGGUCGAAACUUGGAAAAAAGGAAAAAAAGAAAAGAAAAGAAAAGAAAAGAAGAGAGAGAGUUCAUUGGUCAAGGUUGCUGGCACAAAUUGUCGAAGGUUUUUUUUUUUUCUUCGAUAUAUGUAAUGGCAGUUGUCCUGCAAUGGAAAAGAAAUGAAACUUAAGUUGCGCAAGGUAUUUGGCUUCGGAGGCAAAUAAUCUCUUAUGAGUACAAUUAAGUGAGAUGGUGCAUAGUAUCAUACUAUCAUUUCACAUGAACUGGCGGGUCAAACUGGCCGGACCGUGAUUGUAGUGAGAAUAUUAAUUAGGGCAUAUUUUGAGGUGUUUGGUAAUGUUUUUUUAAUAUAUUUUUUAAACUGAAUUGGUGACC